UUUGGUUAAAACCAUUUCGUUCUUCAUUCAGUGAAGGUACCCAGAAAAAGUAGCAAUUCAAGUCAAAUUAAAAAGUACAGUGCAGUAAAAAUACUCCUGGAAGUAAUUUUUUUCAAAAGGUUACUCAAGUAACUAGUGACUCUCCACGUCCUGUCAGAUCUUUAUUUUCAUGCUUUCCGGAUUCCUGCUGCAUAGAGACUGGAGGUGCCAUGAAAGAAUUGAGCGGCACUAAAUGUUACUUUCUGGCAUGUUCUACAGCGAGUGCUUUAUUUUGAAAAGAAACAGCCGGAAGUGCUGCUCCCGGUUAGCUAGCUUGACUGUAGAGGCGAUGCAGCGGAUCUGAGGCCGACAGAAAGGAGCCGCUUUUUAAGGAAUGCCGUCCGCCGGAAUCAAAGCUGGGAGGCAACUGGAUCAGAAAUAAUAUGGUGAAAUUUAAAAUGAUUCACCGAGCUUUGAGAGUGCGGGAAAGGCCGGCUCAGACACCAGCUACCUCACCCCCUGACACCGGACGUUGGUAGCCGCCUGCCCGGCUUGCUAGCCCUUAGUCCUUCAAAAUCUCCGCCGGAAAAUCACGGAGCUUCUCUGCUUUUUAAAAGCGCAGAGAAACACAGCCGACCGAGUUAAUUCCCAUCGUUUGACCUAGAGCUCUAACGUGAAUACGUCUGACCGCUGGAGUCAAGCUAGUAGCAUCCUCUGGAGUCGGAUGGACCUGCGGCUCUCGCAGCAUCACCGCCCGAGAAUCCUUCCAGCCCGCCCUGCCGCACCGGAGCGUUGAGCAAAUCCCCGAGAAGCGGCUUUAAGAUGUCCGGAAACGUCCCGUCCUCUGCGCUUCGAGGCGCCGCGCACACAUUUCGUCAAUGCCGAAUAAUGUAAUGACCGUCCGGAGCUUACACCAUCAUGCGAAUGGCUGGCCGUGUCCGCCUCCAUCCCUGCGGAUGACACUCGCACGGACAGCGGGGGUUCAGAACAAACAGCGCCGAGACGGACACGGCGUUGCCGGGUAGCGCGUAGAGACUUGACGUGAGCUCUCUCUCUCACACACGCAAAAACAGACACCAAUGAUAUCUCAUAAGGUUUUGGUCGCAAUAAUCCUGCUGAACGUGUACAUAGGCGUCCAGUCUGUGUUUUAUCUGUUCGGCGGCGUCCUUUUGACGGGUCUGUUCGCCAUGGCUUUUUUAAACGGACCGAGGCUGCUGGACUGGGCCAGCUCCCCGCCACAUCUCCAGUUCAAUAAAUACGUACUGACUGGAUACCGGCCCAUCUCCUCCGUGCAGGACUGCGUCAGGAGCCUGUUUUACCUCCACAAUGAACUUGGGAACAUUUACACUCACGGCAUCCCUCUGGUUUGCUUCCUGGUGCUGCUCCCGCUCAACAUCCCCUGGUCUCAGAUCAGCGUCACCUGGCUGGGCGUGGUGCACUUCCUGGCCUGCCUGUCGCCCCAGCUGGGCUCCGUGGUCUACCACCUGUUCAUGAACCACGAGGGCGGAGAGCCCGUCUACCACACCCUGCUGAAGCUGGACGUCUGUGGAAUCUGCAUGAUCAACACGCUGGGGGCGCUCCCUAUCGUCUACAUCACGCUGUGGUGCUACCCCUUCAUCCGCACCGUGUCGCUGCUCGUCUACAUCCUGCUGUCCACGCACGCCAUCUACUGCGCAGUCACGGCCCGCAGCAGCGUGCGCCGGCUGCGCUCCUUCGCCUGGCAGGCCGUGUUCCGCUUCUCCUUCUUCCUGCUUCGCGGCGUAGGCGUGGGCGGCGGCAGCCCCACCUCGCUACGCCACUUCCUCAUGAUGGACGCGUUGGCCGUGCUGGGCGGGGUCAUCAACAUCACACGCAUCCCGGAGCGCUUCCGGCCGGGCCUCUUCGACUACUGGUGCAACAGCCACCAGAUCAUGCACGUACUGGUGGUGGGCUCCAUCCUUUACCUGCACUGGGGCGUCCUGGACGACCUGCUGUGGAUCAACAGCUACAUCUGUCCCUCCGACUGACCCCAGCCCCCCGUCCUCUGGGACUGGAAGUGAAAGGACCUCUGAGGGGGCUGAGCGUCUCUGCAUGUGUUAAACUCAGAAUGUUUAUAUCUUCAUCCAUCCUCGACGUUUCUGCGGAGGCAGAGAGAAGACGUAAGACACACAGAAAUGUGGACAAAACCACACAAACACUUCAGACACAGAGAAAUAGAAAUAUUUAAACAGUAACAUGAACAACAUGACUGUGCACAAGUCUUCUUGUUCCUCAUUUAUCUAAAUUGUGGUUCCAAGCAGACAGAUAAGUACUUUUUCUUCAGAUUUUUGCUGCUUUUUCACAUCACUGUUGAUCUUUAAAGCACGUGGGUCAAACCCAAGGCCCGGGGGCCAAAUCCGGCCCGUCAUAUCUUUUAAUGUGGCCUAAAUAUUUUUAUCAAUUAAAUCACAGCAGUUUUUAUCUGUAAGCUACCAAAUUAUAAAUAUGUCAAAUGAUAUAAAUAUUAUAUUACUUUGCAAAGUUUAUAUUGAAUGCGGAGAGAGUUAUUUAUUAAUAUUUUAGUAGUUUGUUCUUUGAAAACAUUCAUGAUUCGUUGAAAUGAGUUUGACACUCGUGCUUUAAAAGAUGAAAAGGAAAAUCUGAUUAUUUGGAAUCACAUUUAAAGAAACGAGGGAUGGUUUAAAACUUUUGCACAGUCAAAAAGUAGUUGAAUCUGAGUGAAGUUACCAGCCGCCUGACUUCUUCAAACUAGUCAAAGUUGGUUUCAAGCAUUUGUGCAGCAAAAGAUUUUGUUUGUGCCGCUCUUGUUUUAAACUUCAAAGAUACUAAUAAAUGAUUCUGUAGGUCAUCAAAGGUCAACCAACCUGUCCAGAUUUUAAAAAUCAAGCAAAUUUGGUGUCAAUUAAUUGUGCUGUGUUUGUGCAGCAACAUUUUCCAUUUGUGCUGCUACGAUUUCUAAGAUUAAAAAAAAGUUGCUUGUGCAGCUAAAAUUUGUCUGAUUUUGUAAAUAUGAACUUGACCUUUGAUGUUCUCUCGAAAUAUGUAUUAAAAUAGUAGCGGCACAAACAAAACUUUUUGCAACACAAACGUAGCACAGUUGAUUGACAACAUAUUUCAUUACAUUUCGUUAUUUGGUGUCAAUCAACUUGGAUAUAUGUGCAGCAAAUUUUUUGUGCUUCUAUAAUUUCUAAGAUUUAAGCAAAAGUUGUUUGUGUUGCUAAAAUAUUUAUAUUACAGCUGAUUGACACAGACGUUGUUUGAUUUUGUAAAUAUGGAUUUACUGGUUGACCUUUGACUUCUGGAAACAUUUGCUAAUAUCUUUAAAAUGGCAACGGCACAAAACAAAACCAAUUUUUUUUGUGCCGCUAUGAUUUUUAAGAUAUUGGUGGGUAGUCAAAGGUCACCUAGCCAGUCCAAAUUUAUUAAAUUGAACAAAAUAUGGUUUUAAUAAACUGUGUUACGUUUGUGCAGCAAAAAUGUUCAUUUGUGCUGCUAUAAUUUCUAAAAUUAAAAAAAGUAAAUUUGUUUAAUGCCAAAUUUGCUUUAUUUUGUAGACAUGGACUGGCUGGUUGACCUUCGGUGACCUCUGAAAACAUUAAUAAAUUUAAAAUGACAGCGCCACAAUCGAAAAUUUUGCUGCACAAAUGUUUGACACCAAUUUAGUUUAAUUUGAAGACGUGUUAGCCAGCUGAACUCAGGUGGUCAGAGAUUAUCUGAAAUAUCCAACGGUUGCUCUCAGAUGUCACUGUUGCUACCUAUGCAGCACAUCCACAUCUCAACCCAUCAGCAUCGCAGCACACAGUUUAAUUUUGGUUUUUGUGCUAAAUGCUCGUAAUGGGUCGCCACAGGAUUCCCUCUCUAAAUAUGGAGUUUCUCUGUUUGUUUUUCUGCUCGUUUCCAUCCAAAAGAAGACAAAACGCGAGUAAGGAGUUCAUUCCUGAUUCACACAGCAGCAAUAUCGAUUUUUUUUUGUGCCGUAUCUCGGUGCCAUUUAAAUUCAGGAAUUAUUCAUGGAUUUACAAAUUAGUUUCACAUUUUAUCACAUCCCGACCACAGAUUUCAAUGUAUUUUAGUGGGAUUUAUGCCUUUAACCAGGAAAAACGUGUCGUUUUCACAAGGAUUCAGGAUGAAAAUCUGUUUGUAUUAAGGCCCCUUUGCUCUCUUCCUCCUGAAGAAAAGCAUCAUGCUGCCUCCACCAUGCUUUAUAAUGAAGGUGUAUUUCAUCACCUUCAUGUCCUUACUGCUUCUAGAUGAUAAAUGCCCAGUCUUAUUAUUUUAGGUAUGUAUAAAAUUUAUUCACAAAUUUUCUACGAAGUUUCCUCAGAUUACUUAAAAAUGGGAGGACUCUCUUUACGAAUGGGACACGAAAGCAAACGUUUGGGGUAUCUGAGUAAAGGGGGUUGAAUAUAAAUGCAUGCCACACCUUUCAGAUUUCUAUGAAAUGCAUAUUUUUCCCUCCACUUCAUAGCUUUGAGUUGGUGUCUCACAUAAAACCCAAAUAAAACACAUAGAAGUUUGUGGUUGUAAAGAGGUGUGAACACGUUUUUAUUUUUGCAGUUUUUUAACCUCAGGGUUUUGUUCUAAAAUGACUUUACAUUCUCCGUUUACUUUGUUGUUUAAGUGGCAACAAAAAGCGCUUACAUGAACAGAUGGCAGUUUAUAAUUUGCCAAAAGUGCAGAAUUUUUUUUAUUUAUUACUGUUUUUAUUUAUGUGAAAGUACAUUUAUGGAUUUACUGUUGCUAAUUAUGUGCUAUAUAUUUAUAUAUGUAUCCUUACAUUCAGUUUUAAUGUAAUUUCUGCCACUACAAAGGCACAUAAUUACACUUUAUAUUUCAACAUAACUGCACUCCAGCCAUGUGUUUUAUGAUGACGUAUGCUUUCUUUUAGAACUGAAAACGUUAAUUUUAUUCUGUUUUAAUGUGUUUAUAAUUUGCAUAUUCUUCCAGCUCAACUGUUCGAAACAGGAAUGAACGUCCUCACCCUCGUAUCUCUUACAACAUGCAGCAGCGCUGGUUUAGUACGACGGGGUGUUAGUGCCAAGACUAUUUCAUUUACAUAAGGUUGAAAUAAUGCGAGAAUAAAGUCGUAAAAUUACUAAUCUCAUAAUAUGACUUUAUUCUUGAAUUAUUUAGAUUUUAUUCUUGCAACACUACAAAUUUCUUUCUCAUAAUUUUACAACUUUUUUCUUGUAACUUUAUUUCUUUAUUUUCUCAGCGUAUACUUUAUACUCUGUCAUAAUCUAAUCUGUGGUUUUGGUUUAAUCAUUUAGCCGUUUAGUCCCAAAUUUCCGUGCUGCUGCGUUUUGCCCCAGUAGUCUGUCUGUAGGCGGCAGACGUCGCCUCGGUCCCUCGCCUCUCCGUCUCUCCGGGUCGGCUUCGGCACACCGCCUGCUUCCCCUGUCGCCUCUGACUCAGAGGUGAGAGAAGGACUUCCCCAGUCAUUAGUCACGCACGCUAACUUCAUAGCUGAUGCCACCCACUCCCUUUGCGCCCUGAAAAAUUCAGCCAGACUUUACAUCUGCAAGCCUGAUAGUGGUUAUUACCUGCUGUAAGUAGAGUUUGCGAUGUAAACGCAGAAACUAAUGUAUUUUGGCCAUUGAAUGAAACUAAAACUUUGCAUGAACGUAGCUCUGAAACAGAAACUGAUGUCUCAUAGUGUUAGCCAAUCAUCCAAUCAUCGUAAUUCAGUCUCUCCUGGAUGUUACUGCACUGAUCGCUAAUCUCCAAAGGGCUCUGGAUUGGAAAGAAACACAUUUUAAGAUCAAAAAAGGUGAUGUAAAUACAUGUAGAUUAAUCGAGCAAACAGUGCAGGAAGGAAGCGAGUUAAUCCAGAAGCAGACGAGGCUUCACUGCUGUGCUUCAGAUAUCAAAAACGUUUCGCUUAGCUGUGUCCAUAUAUAUGUAAAGAACAGAAAAAAAGAUCCUUAAAUUUGUUUCAAUGCUAAAUGUAGAGCUGCUUUCAAAGUGUAACCACAUUUUUAGACUCAAGAAAGACAUUAAUGACCUCCCUGGUGGGCUAGUGGAUACCUCCUGACUUCCACCGGUCAAUCUAUGCAUUAUUAGCCGAAGGAUGCGCCGAUCAGGGUGCCGCAACCCGAACCGGGGCUCCGCCCGCCAGCGUUAGUCCAGUCUGCUCGCUCCGUGAACUUUGUAACAAGAAGAAGGGAAACCUUUGGUGGGAAGGCUUGUGUUUGUUUAUUUUGUCUGAAUGUUAAAUGGGGAAAAAAAGUAAAACAUGAUUAACAAAACACGUUUUUUUAAACAACACAGGUGCCGGAUAGCCUGUUUAACAACCUGUUUAUAAUGAAUUAUCUGUAUUGUUAAAAGCUGAUAAUUAUUAUAUCUGUAAUUCCGUGGAUCCUAACUUUGACACUGGUCUGCAGAACUGUGCAAAAGUUAUUUCAUUAGAUGUUGCUGCAAAGUGGCGACUUCAGCUGCCUUUUUACUCAACAUUAGGAGAUUUUUUUGAGUCCACUUUGAAUUCAACAAAAAAAUUGUAAAUAAGCAGCAAAAAUAAAAAUGAAAAUUUUUGAGGACCUAAAUGAAUCAAGAACAGUGGCGCCCCCAAAUGGAGGUAUGAAAAAUAACAAUCUUAUUUGAUUCAUACAUAAAGACAUACAUAUAAAUACAUGUGUAUUUUUUUGUUUUAUAUUAUGAUGGGCUAUUAGGACCAUGCUAAAAAAAUAAAAAUGAUAAAAUUACAAGAAUAGAGUCACAAUAAAACAUUAAUCCACUUUAAAUUCAACAAAAAAAAUUGUGUAUAUACACAUAAAAAAAAUUUCACAGGCCACCUUUAUUAACAUUUCAUGGGAGCGCCACUGUUGCCCCAAAAUUGAUUAGAAUCAGUUUGAAAAAUUUUGCAAACAACAUCCAGUAAAUGAAAGGCGGUCUAAAACUUUCGCACAGUCCUGUGCACAUGCAGUGAGGGGCAGCCCUUUGUUUUAGGACGAAGGGAGCUUUCAGGAGGGUCUGUCUGUUAUAACUGUCACAUCUGCAGCGUCUCUGCGUUUCCCCACCACUCUGGCUCCCCCUAGUGGAGCCUCCUGUGCACUGACUCUGGCGCCACUGAAGCCAUACCUCAGCCAAAUUGAAAUGAAUUCACCUGUGUCAUACCAGGAGCGGUGCAGCAGGUUUUUCUUUAGCUCUCUAUACCUUUCAUGAUCAUGUAUGAACUGUCCAGCCGUACAAGCAUGAAACCUGCAUAAAUACCCGGGUGUGGCGCUGACAGGAUGAAUCCCGCGGCGCCUCGUUAGGUCUGUGUGCUUUAAAUAGACACUGCUGUCCUCAUGUCUGUCCUGCGUUAGCAUCCUGUGUAACAGACAGGCUCUCAAACUCCUCAGUCUCCAGCAACGAUUGUGCAAUAAACUUAAAUCUAUAUUUUUAA